UCAAUGUACGUGUUACUACCAUGGAUGCAGAGCUAGAGUUUGCCAUUCAACCAAGUACAACUGGCAAGCAACUCUUUGAUCAGGUUGUAAAAACUGUUGGUCUCCGAGAAGUGUGGUUCUUUGGCCUGCAGUAUAUAGACAGCAAAGGAUAUACCACGUGGCUGAAGCUAAACAAAAAGGUUACUCAGCAGGAUGUACGAAAAGAGAGUCCUCUACAAUUUAAGUUUAGGGCAAAGUUCUUUCCAGAAGAUGUGUCUGAGGAGCUGAUCCAGGAGAUAACGCAACGUUUAUUCUUCUUGCAAGUGAAAGAGGGUAUUCUUAAUGAUGAAAUCUACUGUCCACCAGAAACUGCAGUCCUGCUUGCUUCUUAUGCUGUGCAGGCUAAAUAUGGCGAUUUCAACAAAGAGGUUCACAAAUCGGGCUACCUAGCUAGUGAUCGGCUUCUUCCCCAGCGUGUCUUAGAACAACAUAAGUUGACGAAAGAGCAGUGGGAAGAAAGAAUACAGACUUGGCAUGAAGAACACAGAGGAAUGCUGAGGGAAGAUUCAAUGAUGGAAUACCUGAAGAUUGCUCAAGAUCUUGAAAUGUAUGGUGUCAAUUACUUUGAAAUCAAGAACAAAAAGGGAACAGAGUUAUGGCUGGGUGUCGAUGCUCUUGGACUUAACAUCUAUGAACAUGAUGACAAAUUAACACCAAAAAUUGGGUUCCCUUGGAGUGAAAUAAGAAACAUCUCUUUUAAUGACAAAAAGUUUGUCAUUAAACCAAUUGAUAAGAAAGCUCCAGAUUUUGUAUUUUAUGCCCCACGCCUGCGAAUCAAUAAAAGAAUUCUAGCACUCUGUAUGGGAAAUCAUGAACUCUAUAUGCGAAGAAGAAAACCUGACACUAUUGAAGUACAGCAAAUGAAGGCACAGGCCAGAGAAGAAAAACAUCAGAAACAAUUAGAAAGGUAA